AUGGAACUCGCUUUUGGGAGGCGGGAUGACCAUGACCGCGAGAAGAGGCGGCCCUGGGUGAUGGACGGAUGCUUCAUCCGAGUGCUCUCCUACAGCCCAAUGCCGCGCCACAUAGCGUUCAUACUCGACGGCAAUCGCCAGUACGCCAAAAAGUGGAACUUCACGGAUGGUGAGAUUUAUCAGAGAGGAUUCUGCAAUCUCAUGUCGAUUCUCAGAUACUGCUGUGAGAUGGGUGUAGAGUUUGUGACCGUCUUUGCGUUCAGCAUCGACAACUUCAAACGAAAGCCUACAGAGGUGCAACUCGUUAUGGAUCUAGUCAAGGAGAAGAUGGAUGCGAUCAUCGAGGACAUGAACACCGUGAACGACUUGGAUGUAAGAAUCAAAUUCCUCGGUAGAUUGACUCUACUGGAUGAAUCCAUGAGAAAAGCAGCAGAGAAGCUGAUGGCCAUGACCGCGAAGAACAAGAGGCUGGUGGUCUUUGUAUGCCUCUGCUACACUUCAACCGACGAGAUUAUGCACGGUGUCGAAGGAUUGUGGGAGGAAGCUAAAAAUAACAAGGGAAGAGAGAAGAUUGCGAAUGGGCUAAUCACAGCGGGCGAUUUAGAGCAAAAGAUGUACUUCGCGAAUCACCCGGCACCAGACAUACUGAUCAGGACUGCAGGGGAGACGCGGCUGAGUAAUUUUCUUCUUUGGCAGACGGCGUUCUGCUUGUUGUACACGCCGCGUUGCCUGUGGCCGGAAUUGACCUUUUGGCACUUGGUUUGGGCUGUACUGCUGUAUCAAAGGAAGUACGCAUACUUGGAGAAGAUUACGAAGAGGAUGUGCGGUUUUGGUGUACUGCUAUGUCAAGAACAUAAGAAACAGAUAUAUUCAAUUUAUAAAGUAACUCUUAUUCUUCUACUAAAAGGAGGAAGGAGCAUGGUCGUAGAGUCAACUUGUGGGGGAAUUGAACCAAAAAAAAGCAUUUGA